CAAUCAGCAAUAAUAUUGUAAAAUCAUCUGGUAUCACUCUCCUACUUUUCGUCGUCUUGCUAGACUGAAAGGUAAAUAUUUACAAGUAUAUCCAGCGAUCAAAACAGACACGUUCUCAUUACGUACUAAACACUAGAGAGAAAGCACCUUUCACACACGUUCGAAAUGAAGACAGCAUUCAUGGGCGUGCCAGCCGUACUCUCUUUCGUUGCCUUCGCUCUGCUAGUGGUUGCCGCAUGUACCCGUGUAUGGAUCAGUUCAGACGAUGGUCUAGCUCCCGGUACUAUCAACGCCAUCAGUGCAAGCCCAGGCACCUACCCCUCACACUUUGGUCUGUGGUCUGGAUGUAUGGCGUACGCGACCAAUGGUGAACAAGCUGGCUGUGGCUACAUCACCGGGGGAUGCAACCAAAACCUGUGCCUGCAGAUCAACAGUGCGGUCUUGUGUGCCACCUCUCGAUACGGCGCAAUUGAUUCGUGUGGUGCAUACAUCUCCGCGCGAGUCUUCGUGAUCCUGGCGCUAUUUACGCAGCUGCUAGCUAUGGCUCUGCUCGUCACUGGUGUCAAGUAUGCUGCCCUGAAUUCCGCUUCAGUCGCGGCUCUGUGGACGUCGGUGCUGUUCAUGUCCGUUACGGUCGGCUGCUUUAUCGCAGGCGUGUACAAGGGUACGGGUAUGGGGUUGGCCGGGAACUACAGUGUGGAGGAGAACUACUCAAUCGACUGGGGCUUCAUACUGUUCGGUACAUCGUACGGUCUGACGUUUGUUGUGGCGUGCAUGACCACCGGUUUGUUGGCCAUGGGGUCUAGUAAGAACCACGCGUAGGCCCUAAGUGUAUCCGGAGGUGUGCAAAUUAUCGGUGCGUUUCGGCCCUGUGCGGUGAAUCCAGGACAGUGCGACGAGCAAUCCUCAAUAAAAAUAUUAGGCGUGUGUAGUAUAGACUAUAGCUCAGAAAGCACGAGUGUAGUAUAAUAAACUAGCUUAGGAAGCAUAC